UUAGGGACAGGGGCAUUAGGGACAGGGGCAUUAGGGGCAGGGGCAGAACCUCGGCGCUGAAGGCGCAGGCAGCUUCGUCCCCAUCCCUCUGCAGGCUCACAGACAUGCACGUAUAUAAACUGACACUGAUUAGACCCCUCACUUUUUUUUCAAAGUGCUGGCAAUCAUAUCUCAUUUAAGCAAUUUCCUGAGCCUAAGAAUAGCAAUGAGCUGGGAGCCACUCGCGGGCUGAAAUUGGGAAAAACUCAAAGCGGUUUCUCUCUUCUUUUUUUUUUUUGGGCGACUGCAAUUUGCAAACUGGAUUUUUUUUUUCAUCUUGCACUUUGAAACUGCGGGCUGUCGCUGUGUGUGCGCGUGUGCUCGGUGCCUAUUUUUUUUUUUCCUUUCCUCUCCCUCCCAAACUCCUGACAGCCAGUAAACAUUACCUGAGAAAUCCCCAACGGAAACGACAGCUGAGACAAGAAGCUUCUUGCUUUGCACAUUUGAAACACCCCCCCGCCCGCAGUUCUAACUUUCUGAGAAGCUUUUUCAAACCCAGAGGAUCCGUCCAUUUUUUUUUUCCGGGGGGGAAGUGGGUUUUUUUUUUAAAUUUAGCUGGUGGCACCCCCCUUCUUCUUUUAUUUAUUCUUAGUAUUUGCAAUUUUGGAGAGCUGCCCCCCUCCUCCCUUCCUCCCGACCCCCUCUCUGGGGUUUUAAAGACGAUGGUGUGGAAAUGGCUGGGCGCGUUGGUGAUCUUCCCGCUGCAGAUGAUCUAUCUGGUGGUGAAAGCUGCCCUGUGCCUGGCAUUGCCCGCUCGGCCCCGGGACCUGUCCCGGGAGAACGUCCUCAUCACCGGCGGUGGCAGGGGCAUCGGGAGACACCUGGCCCGGGAGUUUGCCCACCGUGGAGCCAGAAAGAUCAUCUUGUGGGGUCGCACUGAGAAGUGUCUGAAGGAGACGGCGGAGGAGAUCUCGCUGAUGGGGACCGAGUGCCACUACUUCAUCUGCGACGUGGGGAACCGCGAGGAGGUCUACCAGACGGCCAAAGCCGUACGCGAAAAGGUGGGAGACAUCACCAUUCUAGUCAACAAUGCGGCUGUGGUCCACGGGAAGAGUCUGAUGGACAGCGAUGAUGACGCCCUCCUGAAAUCUCAGCACAUAAACACGCUGGGACAGUUCUGGACCACCAAGGCCUUCCUGCCACGGAUGCUGGAGCUCCAGAACGGCCACAUCGUGUGCUUGAACUCAGUGCUAGCUCUGUCUGCCAUCCCCGGCGCCAUUGACUACUGCACCUCCAAGGCCUCCUCCUUUGCUUUCAUGGAGAGCUUGACCUUGGGCCUGCUGGAUUGCCCCGGGGUCAACGCCACCACCAUCCUGCCCUUCCACACCAGCACUGAGAUGUUCCAGGGGAUGAGAGUCAGGUUUCCCAAUCUGUUCCCUCCCCUAAAGCCCGAGACGGUGGCUCGGCGGACAGUCGAAGCUGUUCAACUCAACCAGGCCCUCCUCCUCCUCCCUUGGACGAUGCAUGCCCUGGUUAUCCUGAAGAGCGUACUCCCUCAGUCAGCACUUGAAGAGAUAUACAAGUUUUCUGGGACCUACACGUGCAUGAACACUUUUAAAGGGAGAACAUAGAGCCGGCGGCAAUGAGACUCUAGACAGAAGGGAAGCCGAGGCCUGCACGGCUCUGGGCCCGGCGGCCGGACACUGGGGACGUGGCUAGGACGGACGGACGGCUCUGGCCAGAGGAAUGGAACAUCUCCGCCAGCCCGGCCCCAACCGCACAGCCUAUUGCACAGGACGGAGGGGCCGCACGCCAGUCGGUGUGGGAGGAGACAAACCCGCCGUGAAAUUUCUGUUCAUUUGCUGAUUCUUUAAAGUUCUUAUUGUUCCACCUGCUUCUAGAGCCUAACCGUUCCUCUGCAGUGUCCGGAGAUGGUCAGCAAGGGGCCGUUUCCUUGCCACCGCUCUUCUUCCCCCUACUCUGCCCACUGCCAUCCCUGAAAUACAUUUGUUUUUGCUCACACAAAC